AUGGAGCGCGUCCAGGCUGCCCUGGGCGAGGCAGCCGCGGCGCUUGCAGCGGCGAGCGGGCCUUCCAGGGGCGCUGCAGAGCAGCUGCACUUCGGGAAGGUGCGCGCGCUCAUCGAAGGCCAGAGGUGGACGGCCACGGAGAAAGGGCAGCUGCUGACCCAGCUCGGGCAGACGGGGUUCAGUCACGAUUUGGUCGGCGCCGCGACCGAGUGGCUCUGCGGGAGGCGCACGAAGGCCAAAGGGCAAAGUUACGAGUGCUUCGUGGAGUUGCUUACUGCCUCCACGUGGCACGUGCUGCUGAGCCCAACCGAGUCGUUCGCUUCGAAAUUUGUCAUGUUGAUGCGCCACUUGGAGCGCCUCGGGCUCCGGAACCCUUCCGAGCCGACGUUUGGCAUGCUAGCCGCGUUCAUGUUCCUGGCGUGCCAGCGAUCAGGCAUCGAGAAGAAUUCGCCGACUCCGCAGCUCUUGGACGUGUACUUGCAGUUGGUGAAGACCACGUGGCGUUCCCCUGCCUACACAGCUGCUCGAGGCAAGGCGACCGAGUUUGUCGGCGCGCUCUCCCCCUCGGCGGCGCUGUUCCAGCAGGAGAGGCCGACGCUGUACGAGCAG